GUAAUCGAAAUAAAAUGUAAUGAAAGCAGUAAAAAAUUGUAUAAGCAUAUCCAUCUGAAAAGAGUGAUAUUUCCAAAAGAUAGUUCAGUCUUUGAUUUUAUGCUUCGUCUACCUAACAAUGAGGCACUAGUUAUAGAUAGUCUAAUCUUAGUCUUAAAAGAUAAAAUGUCAAUCGAAGAUAGGUCGAUACCAGAAAAAAAUAAAAUCAAUGCCAGAACUAUUGGAGCUGAAGUCGAUUAUAUAGAGAAACUACUCAAUAUAAUAAAUAUCAAAGGUUUUGAUGUUUUAUACCCAACUCCUGUAUCUCCAGAUAUAUUUACUUUAAGAUGUAUAACAGGAUCAUAUUGCCCUCUAUGUAAUCGAAAACAUAGCAAUGAUAAUGCAUAUAUAGUCUGA